UCUCAACUCUUGUGUCUGUCUUCCAGCAUCACCUCCCAAAUAGGAGCCGGUCUCUAUGGCAACAGGCGGGAUUUGCCAGCUGGGAGGCAGAGUCAAUCGGUCCUCAGUUGGUAUCACCGCCCCAGCUUCCACACUGCAUCACGCCCCGAGUGGAAUGGAUGACCAGGACAAGAAAGACAAUGGGCAGUACAUCGGUGAGAUUAAAGGUGGGAUGCGGCCUUCAAUGAAACUGGUUGUCAUGGGAAUUAUUGAUAAAAAGCCCAAGAGCAUCGAGGUGACCGUGUCCUGCAAGCCUCAGGAGGAAGACGUAGAGGCGGAUGUGGGUCUGCAGCUGAAGGUCAGCUUCAUGGAUAAGGCCGUCCAACGAAACGCCCGCUUGGCUGGGAAGUGGGGUCCAUGUGAAAACACACUCUCCUUCUUUCCCUUUGCUCCCGGAGAAGCCUUUAAGAUGGAGAUCGUCUGUGAACACCAGCAGUUUCGCAUCUUGGUGGACGGCCAGCCUCUGUGUGGCUUCACCCACCGGAUCUCCAAGCUCGCCUCCCUCACCGCCUUAAGAGUCUUCGGGGACCUACAGCUCACCAAGGUUGCCUAGUGCCGGCCUCUCGCCCACAGGAAGCUGAACUGAGUGUUCCCCCACGCCGCCAGGGGAGAGGGGGACGGUACACACACCGCCAUUAGAUUAGAACUUCUUUUUUCCAGUCGCCGUCAUCGGGAUGUUUCGCUGUUUUAGUUCGCCGACAAAGUUGCACCAGCCUCGUAAUCCUAUGUUGAGACAAAGUGCCUUCGCUAAGAUUACCUGACUGGAGACUUGAAGAUGCCGACUGAACUUAGCCGCAGUCGUCUUACGUCUUAAAUCGAAUGAGGAAUAUGCUUUUGAGUUGUUGUGAAUUGUUGCGAACGCGAUCUAAGGUCUACUCUUUGUUUGCAACUUUGAAGCCACAGAAAAAGCAAGUUAAGAACUCUGCAUUAGUUUUUAUCCCUUCAGAAAAGGAGGUUUCAGAAACCUGUCUUAGACUUUUCUGGAAUUAACCUUUGAAAGCUUUUCAUUUCCUAGAGUUCAUUUUGUUUUAUAAGUUGAAAACAUAGUGAAGAUUGCCAUUUUGUGCCCAGUGACAUAACAACAGGAUUGAUGGUGUAAAACAGUAGCCUAUGUUAGUGCAUGCCCUGAAAGACACAGCAAUGUAUAUGGAUUUCUCUCAGUUUAUAUUGGAUUCAUUUUUGUCCCAAACAAAAUGGCAGCAUGUUCUGAAAUGUCAGCAAAGCUUAAAAUUGCUUUUAAAUCCAUACAACUGUGGAAGAACUAUAGUUUUUCUAGAAUCAGACUUUUUUUUUUUAGCAAAGAAUUUAUACCACUGAAUUUUUAUCCUAUGCAAUUAGCUGGCAAAUUUUAAAUUAAAAAACAAAAUGUAUACACAUAAUUGCUCAGAAUAAAAUGUCGUUGUUAUAAAUUUAACAUCUUAAAAUAGUCUUAUUCUAAUGAGACUAUCUCUUCCAUAUACGUGUAUUGGGAAUGCUGUGCUUUUGAUUCCAAACCCAAAAUGUGUCAAAUUUGUUAUCUACAAAUCUCUAAAAAAUUAGAAAAAUAGAAAAUCUUGACGGUUUAAAAUCGUGAAGCGUGACCAACACGGACUGAACGGCUUUGUUCACUUCCUCUGCUGCCAUUGAAGAACUACAACCCUGCACAGGCACACUGCAAUUGCAGAAAUUCAAUUGGAGAAAUCAAGUUCAAUGGGAGAAAUCCCAGACAGAGCAGGAAGGGAAAUGAGAAUCUAGUGUAGAAAUGACCAGGCUAUCAUUCCAUUGAACCACAACUUCUGAGAACUGGUUCAUUGAGUGGAAAAAGUUUUAUUUUGAUUCACAAACAUGUUUAAUGUCAAUCCACAAUGUUAUUCUUGAUUUUCUGUUAUUCAAGAUGCUGCUCGCUAACUAGCUUGUUUUUUUUUAAUUGCCUCGUUGUAAAAUGUUUUCCCCUUUCCAACUUUUUCAUCAAAGUACGCUGUUAUUAUGAAUAAUGUCUUAAAUGACCCAUUUCAUUCUGAUUUUCAGAGAUGAAUGGACUAUAACCACUCAGUCUUUAAAUAAGAGCAAAAAGUUGUCUUUUAACAGAAUGAAUGACCUGCUGGAUUGAGCUCGAUUUAGUUACACAGAAUUAGCAACAUGAAUGUUAUCACUGUUUAUGUUUUUCUAACAUUUUUUUUUCAUCUGGAGGGAUAUUUCCAUCAUUCACCUUGAUUGAUCUAGUUAGUGAUGUUGGACUGCUGCUAUCCUGAGAACAAUCCCAUACUGAGACUCGCACGUAAAUCACCUCCGACAUUGAAAAAGCAUUCACGAAUUGUUCAGCUACCAUUUUUUGUUUUGGCACCUUUCACUGGAAUGUUUCAUAUUUUCAUACUUAAGUCACCGUAAUAAAAUCAAAUCCGUUUGUUA